UUGUAACGCCGCAGCUGCGUCUCCAGCACGGCGAACUCCUUGGCGGUCUCGUCCAACUGCUGCAGGUGCUCCUGGUCCUCCAGGUCCUUUAGGAACGCCGCGUUGUUGCACAGCGAGUCCAGACCUUCGAUCGUGAACUUGAGCAUCUCCAGAUUGAAUUGGCAGUGGACGAGGACGUGUUCAUCCAGGAGAGCGAGAGCACGAAGAGCACGAUCUGCCCGGUCACGCAGAUGGAGAUGGAGGACCCGCUGCGGAAUCCUACCUGCGGCCACACGUACUCGAAAAAAGGAAUCCAAGCGCAUUUGCAGCGAAGCAAGAAGUGUCCCGUUGCAGGUUGCCCGCAACAAUUGUCGUUUGACAAGUUGGAGCGCGACGUCGAAAUGGAGGUCAUCAUUGAUCGCAGUCGCCACAACUCGGAGCAGCAACGGUCCCAGGCUGUUGCUGCAAGAGAUCAGGACGACGAAGAAGAGGAGGAGGAAUAUGUUGUCGAGUAGUAUUGCUGUAAGGUCUAUCCUCAGCGAUAUACUUUCCAGGAUGGCAUAU